AUGGAAAAACUUGCAGCAUCGCUCCCUUUAGUAAUUCAUUCACCGAAUGGGCAGCUAGAAAUAACAUCUGAAGGAUCAGAAGCUUUAUCUAACAUAAAAUCCUCGAUAAGUGUCAUUUCUAUGACAGGACCUUACAGAACUGGAAAAUCCUUUGCUUUAAAUUCUAUAUUAGGAAUCCAAGGAAGCACUUUUGGCGUUGGAAACGACGUCCGAGCUUUCACCCAAGGCAUAUGAAUGUUCAUAGAGCCUCUAUCUGAUAAAACCCUUAUUUACCUUGAUAUUGAAGGCUUUGGGUCUACCUCAAGAUCCUCAAAAGAUGAUGCAAAAAUUUUUGCCUUAGCCGUAUUAUUGUCCUCCUUAGUAAUCUAUAACUCAAAAGGUGUCAUUGACGAAGGCAGCAUAAAUCAGCUUGUACUUGCUCUGUAUUUUAUUGAGUGUCUCAAUUUAAAAGUAACUUUUAAUUAGUCAGCAUCUGAUGACACAGAAAAACUUACCCCAAAUUUCAUAUGAAUAUUAAGAGAUUUUGUGCUUUCUCUAGAAGACGAGAAUGGGAACCCAAUUACGUCGAAAAUGUAUUUAGAAAGAGUGCUAAGAGAACAAAUCAAAGGGAGGAGUGCAGAAAAUAUCCAAGUGGGAAGGCAGCUAAUUGGCCAAACCUUUGAAAAUAGAGACUGCUAUGUGUUGCCAAGACCUGUUGAUAGCGAAAAUAUGCUGCAGAAUAUGGAUGAAAUUCCUUUUAAUGAGCUGAAAGAAGAAUUUAAAGAAGGAAUUAUAAAAAUAAGGGAAGCCAUAAGGAGAUCUAAUGUAAAAAAAGUUAAAGGAAGAAGCAUAAAAGGCAAAGACCUACUGAGACUAUUAGAAAACUACGUAAAAUUCAUAAAUGAUGGGAAUAUUCCACCAGUCCCGAAUACCUGGGACUUCAUAGUCCAACGAGAAUAUGAAGAAAUCACAGCUCACUCUAUGCUGGAAUACCAAAAAGCAAAACAAGAUAUAAUAAAACAAAUCCCAAUUGAAGAACAAAUGAUCAAGCUUUUCAUCAAGGGACAAAAAGAUAUAGCAGAAGGUCGUAUUUUAGGCUGCCAUUUAAGGCAUGAAAAAUACAUGUAUAAUGCUCUGCAAGAAUUAAUGAAAUUUUAUGAAGACGAAUUAAAAGAAAUUUUGAAGCAAAAUUUGAAUUCUUCAUUGAACUAUAAUUUGGAUAUAAUUUAUUCACUUUUUAAUCCAGUUUUCCAAAAAAUUGAGCUAAAUGAAUACAAAAUGAAUAUUGACGUCCUUGAAGCCGAUUGGACUUAUGCGAUGGAUCAAUAUGAAAUCCAAGCUCGCGGGCCAGGAAAAUUUAUAGCAAUUGCUGAAUUUUCUAAACGAAACCAAAACUCGCCCUGCGCCAGACUAUUAGGCACAAUUUUUGAAGAAAUGAGAAAUCAGCUCUCACAGAUGAAAAUCCAAGAACUUUUCUUUGAGCAGCAUCUCCGAAACGCAGAAGGGCACAAAAACUCAAAAUCAAUUAUAGAACUGCGGUCAGAGUUGGCACUUAACAGAUACAGAAUGAGUCAAUUUAACGAAAUCGUAAAAAAUAUCCAAAAAAAAGUCCUAAGGCAACUGUAAACUUUAAAUAGUCUUGAAAAGCUUAACCAAGGCGAAGAAGAGCUUGACGUGAAAAUGACAAUUGAGGUAAUUUUUAUGUAGAGUGUCGCUAUGAAUCGUCAAUGUGAAUGCGCUAUUUUUUAA